ACUCAUAAGUAUUCAUCUCUAGUGACGCUUUAAAUAAUUAAACGAAAUCAAAGAGUGAAUUUUGGUGCAAUAAAGUGCAAGAAUAUUAAAAUUAAAAAAUUAAAAUUGUGGUUUUUAAAAUAAAGAAGCAAAAGUUAUUUGAACAUCAAAAAUAAAACAAUUACAUUCUUCUUUUUAAAAUGUCUAACAAAAAGCAAAACCGUCCAGACGUAUCAAACCAAAUUUUAAAAAAACUUGAAGCCAUCGAAAAUGAAAUUAGCGGUAUUAAAGCAAAACUUUGCAAUGUCCAGGACGCUACUGAAAUUGGAACAAAAGCAGUAAUAAAUGCUCUCGUUGAACAAAACAAAAUUGUUUGCAACACGAUCCUUCAUCAAAAUAAAAUCAUUUGCAAUGAUAUGACGGAACAAAAUAUGGGCAUACAAACGAUUUUGGAGUUGUUUUGGAAAAAGCCGAAGUUCAUUGAACUUUUUCCAAUUUCUUCAAAUGAUGAUUUAAUUUCUUGGGAAGAGAACAUAACUAAGGAUAACAAGGACGAGAUGGUUAAAACUGUUAAAACAAUAUUGGGGGAAAAAGGAAUUGUCAAAGGCUUAACUUCUAUAAUAGCAGAAGACCUGUUAUGCGAAUACAAUAUGAUCGGAAUGCAUAACAAAAAAAGAUUCAGAAAUUUCCCAAAAAUUCUUGAUAUACUUUUAACGUACCACAUGUCCUUAUCUCUGGUUAACAACAGCCCAAAAUCAUUCGACAAAACUAUUAGAACAGCGUUCAAAAACUUAAAAAAUCGACAUUUCAAAAACAUAUCCGUUAAAAAACGAAAACUUGAAACGGAAAUUGAACAAUUGGUUAACAUGUAAGAUUUUAAAUUAAUAGUUUAUAUUGAACUUAAGUACAAAAUACCUCAAAUAAGUACAAAAUAUAUCAAAUAUUUAUAAGUUAUUAGUUUUUAUACUUUUUAUAGAAGUUUUAUAUUAAAACUAUACAAGCUUUUUUAAUAUAAUGUUUAUUCUUUUGUUUGUUAUGUAUAGCAGGCAUGGAUAAUUCAGUACUUUUUUAGACUAUAAUCUAGUCUAUAGACUAUUCUAUAGUCUAGUCUAUAGUGUAGUCUGUAGUAUAAUCAAUAGUUUAGUCUAUAGUCUAGAUUAUAGACUAGACUAUAGUCUAGACUAGACUACAGACA